UUCCUUCCAUUACUGACCAACAUCAUCAAAGCAAACCCAUCUCCAUUUCAAUUCCUACAUUGCUUCUCCCCAUCCCCCACUUCUAUAAAUCUCCUUCUUAAAUAUCAAAUCGCAUCUCAAACUGUCGAAUGAAAUCUCAGAAACAUAACACCAUGUCUGUAUCUGAUUCAAGUUCAUCACUUGAAGAAGUUGCCAUCCCAAUUCACAAGGUUCAUGAAGACGUUUCUGAAGAAAGUAUCGAAGCCCAAAACGGCAAGCACGGGAGGAAACCAAAUCUGUUCUUGGAGAUACCAUCAAGAUCAAUACAACCCUCUUCCUCAGAGGAGUUUGUUCUAAUAAAGAUGCCUCAAACACCAACUCCUACACCCAAGAAAGUGAAUUUCAACUUGACACCAUGCCCUUCGGAGGUUCGAUCUCCGGUUACUAACACUCCGCGAACCAAAUCAUUGAAGAAAAGUCUUCUACCAAAACUAAGUUUCAAGAAUAGGAAUAGUGUUUCAGAUACAGAGAAAGCUGUUGUUAAUACCAUUCCAGCAGCCCCUUCUUCUUUGCCUCAAGAGAAGCCUUCUAUCUCGAGAUCAUGGUCAUUUACGAAAAUAUUUACCCCUCGUUCGAAGAGGCCAUCGUCUCUACCUGCUACCCCUGUUGGUCAUUCGGACCCUGGACUUGGAUCAGGAAGCUCGAGAGGUUCUCUUAAUGCGGAGGCUAAAGUCCAGGGACAAAUGGCUCGGUCGCAUUCAGUUCCCAAUCUCAAUAAAGAGGCAAGUAUCAAGAGAAUGGAUUCGUUUUUCCGAGUGGUUCCUUCAACUCCACGAGCGAAGGAUGCUGAUGCCACAACACUAACCCCUACUCCAAUCGGUGAUGCUGUCGAAGAUGAAGCUGAUGGUGGUGAAGAUAUACCCGAAGAAGAGGCGGUUUGUAGGAUAUGUCUUGUUGAAUUACGUGAAGGCGGAGAAACCCUGAAAAUGGAAUGCAGCUGCAAAGGUGAACUUGCUUUGGCUCAUCAAGAAUGUGCCAUAAAAUGGUUUAGCAUAAAAGGUAACAAAACCUGUGAUGUGUGCCAUCAAGACGUCCGGAACCUUUCUGUCACACUUUUAAGAAUCCAGAGUAGUGUUAGAAACCGAAAUUCUGCUGCAAGUAGAGCCACUCACUUGGAAACUCAUGGAUACGGCGAUAUCUAUAGGGUGUGGCAGGAUGUCCCGAUUCUUGUCAUUGUUAGCAUGCUUGCCUACUUCUGUUUUCUAGAACAACUUCUGGUUCGGAACAUGGGUACAGGUGCAAUCGCCCUCUCUCUUCCGUUUUCGUGUGUCUUGGGUCUUCUUUCUUCCAUGACCGCUUCCACCAUGGUGAAGAGAAGAUUCAUCUGGUUAUAUGCAUCAAUUCAAUUCUCAUCUGUUGUACUCUUCGCACAUAUUUUCUACGAUCUGAUUCAUGUUCAGCCAGUUUUAUCGAUUCUUCUUGCAACUUUUGCGGGCUGUGGGGUGGUUAUGUGUUGUAGCUCUAUUCUUGUGGAGGUCUUGAGGUUAAGAAGACAAUGGGUUGCUAGAUCAAAUCACGAAACCCAUUCUCGGGGUGUUUUACAUCCAGAAGCAUCGUUGUCGUCCUCCGACACUAAUCCUUCACACCAAAUUGAGAUCAGAAACACAGAAGCUGCUUCUACUGGGAUUUAAGUUUAAUGGGUUUUUAUUUAACUUCAGAAUUAUUGUGUUCUUGAGCUUGCAUUUCCUGUAGUUUUUUAGAUGGUAUACGUAGGUGGGGGUGUGAAAUUUUGGUCUGUAUAUUGAAACAAGAUUAGAAAGAUAUGAUUUUGGUUGAUGAUUGUGCACUUGUUCUCUGUUUGCUCGA